GUCGAGAUUUGAUAUGCAUACAGUCCAUGGAUGGGAUGCUCAUGUUGUUUGAACAGGAAAGCUAUGCUUUUGGCCGUUUUUUACCUGGUUUUCUUCUGCCUGGUCCCUUGACUUACAGCUCUCGGACAGAUUCUUUCAUUACAGUGUCUUCUUGCCGACAGGUUGAGAGUUACAAAUACCAAGUGCUGGCAUUUGCGACAGAUGCUGAUGAAAGGCAAGAAACAGAACAGCAAAAACUUAGUUCUGGAAAAAGGCUUGCGGUGGAUUGGGUUUUAAACAUCGGGGAGCAAGCACUGGAUAUAUGUGUUGUCUCCUUCAAUCAGGCAGUUUCUUCUGUUUUUGUGCUUGGUGAGAGAAACUUCUUUUGCCUUAAGGAUAAUGGGCAAAUUCGGUUCAUGAAAAAGCUUGAUUACAGUCCGAGUUGCUUCAUUCCUUAUUGCUCAGUAAAAGAAGGAACAAUAAACACUCUAAUUGGAAACCAUAGUAAAAUGUUGAAUGUUUAUCAAGAUGUUACCCUGAAGUGGGCCACUCAACUUCCCCACGUUCCUGUCUCAGUGAAAGUAGCAAAUUUACAAGACCUGAAGGGUGUUAUAGUCACUCUGAGUGAUGAUGGGCAUCUUCAGUGUUCCUACCUUGGAACUGAUCCUUCGCUCUUCCAGGCUCCUACGGUUGAUUCUAGGGAAAUAAACUAUGAAGAAUUUGAUACCGAAAUGAAAGAGCUUCAGAAAAUCAUCAAGGAGGCCACAAAAACAGAAGAUAUUUUGCCCAAAUCUGAAAAACACAGAGAUCUAAUCGUCACAGCAGAAGUUUCACCUGAUUUGGAUGCACAAUCUCAAGCCAUUGACAGUGAGGUAAAAGCAGAGGCAGUACCAUCAGUCACAGUAAAGAUAACAAUACAGAGCAGAGUGACUGCGCAGAAACCAAUCCUGGCAGUAUGUGUACAAGCUCCAUUAGCAGUGACCUGUGACCAGUUCGUCUUUGAUGAUUUAGAACCAGAUUCAUCUGAAACUGUGGUCCUGUCUGUCUUUUUGAAGAGGAAUUGUUCUCCAUCAGAACUAGAAGGAAAUUGUUUGGUUUCGUAUAAUAUACCAACAGACCUCAAUCCUGAAGGAAUACUGAAAGUUGCACAGUGUAACUUCAGGCUGCCUUUGCGGUUAAUUUGCUUUCCAGCUCAACCUUCAAAAGCAGCAAACCACAAGCUAACUAUUGAUACCAAUAAGCCUCCAGUCAGCUUCGUCACCAUUUUUCCAGACUUUGUUGAUCCAUCUGAGGAUGACCAGGCAAAUGUUCUGGGAUUUCAGUUUUUAACUGGUUCAAAAACCACUCUUCUUGCUUCAAAAACAUCACAACGAUAUAGGAUCCAGAGCGAUCAGUUAGAAGACCUUUGGCUGAUAACAAAAGAGCUCACGCUUCGACUCGAAGAGCAUUUCAAGAAGCAAAACUGCAAAGAUUUUGCAUGUACCUUUUCUGGUUCAAUUCCCCUGCAAGAAUAUUUUGAACUAAUUGAUCAACAUUUUGAGCUACGUCUGAAUGCUGAAAAGUUUCAGGAGCUGUUAUCUGAAAGGGCUGUACAGUUUCGAGCUAUUGAGCGGCGAUUGCUGACACGAUUCAAAGACAAGACUCCUGCUCCUCUUCAGCAUCUGGACACCUUGCUAGAAGGAACAUUCAGAGAGGUAAUAGCUCUAGCAGAUGCAGCAGAAGAAAAUCAAGCCAAUGUGUUCCAGGCAUUCACAAAGUUGAAAAGUGCCACCCAUCUGGUGAUUAUGCUGAUUAGUCUGUGGCAGAAGCUCAGCCCUGAUCAAGUUGCUAUUCUGGAAGCUACGUUUUUGCCAUUAGCAGAAGACACACCAGAGCUGGGUUGGGAAGAAACUGUGGAUGCUGCUGUUUCUUACUUAUUAAGAACUUGUUUGUCGAAGAGCUCUAAGGAACAGGCCUUGACUCUCAGCAGCCAGUUGUGCGUGCCCAAAGAUACUAACAGACUGAAGAAGAACAUCACCCUCUUCUGUGACAGACUGGCUAAAGGUGGUCGCCUUUCCUUAAGUACAGAGUCAGCCACUCAGGAAGCUGCUGUCAUGCCAG